UCUUCUCUUUCCCUUCCCCAUCCCAAUUUCUUGACUUCUGACUAGGCCUGCAGCAGCCACAAUGGCUCCAAAAAAGAAACCCGGGCGCAAGAAAGAGGAAGCCCCGAAAGAGCCAGAGAUAGACGAUGAUAUUGUGCCUGAGCACAGCCGAGAGUUUUACUUGAUUCAGAUCCGGGAUUUGGAAGGAAGACUGGCCAAAUACCAGAAAAAAUGGGACGAGAUGCAAGUGAGCGAAGACCUCUUCCGGAAGGAGUAUGAUAAGAUCGUCAGGGACAACAAGGAGAUUGUGGCCUUUCUGAAGAAGACGCUGAACCAGCGCGUCGAUGAGAUUGCAGAGCUGACUGUGCAACUCCAGAACUUGCAAAUUGCCAAAGACACGGAGAAGGAUGCCUUUGAGGCCCAGCUGGUCCAACUGAGGCAUGAGUUCCAAGAGACUAAAGACCAGCUCACAUUGGAGAACAUGACGCUAAGUGGCAAGCUGGCUUCUCUGGAGGAGUUCAGAGUCCAAAAGGAUGAGAUCAUGGGCAAAUUUGCUGAUCUGGAGGAUCAACUGAAGAAACAGGAGGCAGAUCACAAAGAGUAUGUCUACAAUCUGGAGAAGAAAGCUGUGCUGGACAAGGAAAGGCUGAAGAAGGAGAUGUUGCACCGUGUGAAUGUGGUUGCGUCUGAGUUCCGGAAGGUUUCCGACAGCCAGAUGGCGGAGACCACCAAGCGUGCCAUCCGCGAGAAUGCCAUCAUCAGCCUCCAGCUAACGAAGAUCACCGAUCAAAGCCUGCAGCUCAUACAAGAAAACGAUCGGCUCAAGGCAACCUGCGCAGAACUGACGAAGCAGCUAAGUUUGCUGGAGCAGACUCAGAAGACGAUGGCCAAGAACAGCCGCAGCAAAGAGAAGCUGAUCACGAUGCUCACCAACAAAUGCAAGGAGCUGCAGGCACAGGCAGACACCUGUGCACGUCAGCAGAAGGCCCUGACUAAACUGCAGGAGGCCAAGGAGGCCCUGGAGAAGCAGCUCGUGAAGCUUAAAGCAGAAAUGAAGAUACAGAAAGAGAAGAUGGAGCGAAACCUGAUUGACCAGCAAAAUCAGGUCAAACGUCUUCAAGAAGAGCAGCAGCGCUGUAAGACGAUGGAAUUCGUGCUCAGGCAUGCUGCCCAGGGCCUCAAGGAGAUUCUGCGGGAACGCCCAGCUGAGGAGUACGAUCCGUUUGACGUAACGUUCCAGUUGUGGCGCAAUGACAUGCUGCAAGGCCUCCUCAAACUUCUGGACAAAGGCGCCACACACAUUGAGGAGCAAGAGGCACUCCACCCUUUCCUAGCGGACACCAAGGAGGUGAAGUCGAAUGUUGCAGUGGAUGGCAGCCACCAAGAGAGCUUCACGCACCUGAAGCCCUCCCGCCUGAUGUCGCAUUGCCAGCUUAGCAAGAGGUCUAAGCCCUGGUCUGUCCACAGCAUGCCCUCCUUCAGCACGCUUUCCCAGGACGCCUAUCUGGACCCUCUCCACCCUUGUGCCAGUGCCUUGGAGUCUCUGAUAUCAUGGAAGCAAGAAGAGGAAAUAAGAGAGAGAGAGGAGGUAAUAAAGGAGGAAUACAGUCUGCCAGAGAUCAUCACUGAGAGUGCCUCAGAGAAAAUACUCAGUGUGCUCGGAAAGGACGGAGAUGAUGAAUUCUUAACUAGUACCGAGUCCACCUCUCUCCAAGAGGCAGUGGCAGACAGCGUUGGCACAUGAGAGGUUUUUUUUCUUAGAUUUGAAUGGCCUAUGUAAAAAACUGCUCUAGAAAAUGAUUAAAGAGCUACCACACCAUUUAAGUAAAAAAGGGGAAGACAGCCACAGUCAAACUUGAGCCUCCAGUCAAUACUUAGUUCCUAGACCAGCUGCAUUCGUGAAAUAUGAGAAUGGGAGCCCUUGAGUGGUACAGGCCUCUGAGGUC